AUGAUAGAGAUGCUGCCAACUGCCAUUCUGCUGGCCUUGGCAGUGUCUGUGGUUGCCAAAGAUAACGCCACGUGUGAGUCCCCCUGUGGGUUACGGUUCAGGCAGAACCCACCGGGAAGUGGCCAUAUCGCCGGAGGGCAGGAUGAAAUCGGGGCCUGGCCCUGGAUGGUCAGCCUCCAGGUAUUCAUAUCCCAUAAUAACCGAAGGUACUAUGCGUGCAGAGGCACCUUGCUGAACUCCCAUUGGCUGCUUACGGCUGCCCACAGCUUAUUCUCCAAUAAUUACGCAAAUGUAUAUGACUGGAGACUGAUUUUUGGAGCAAGGGAAUUUACGUAUGGGAACGAUAAGGCAGUGAAGCCACCUCAACAGGAGAGAUAUGUCGAGAAAAUCAUCAUUCAUGAGAAAUACAUCCCCAGUUUAUAGCACAAUGACAUCACUCUCAUGAAGAUCACCCCUCCCGUUCCCUGUCAGCAAUUCAUCGGAACGGGCUGCCUGACCCAAUUUAGGGCAGGCCCACCUAGACUUCCCCAGGCCUGCUGGGUGGCUGGCUGGGGAUUCUUGAAAGAGAAAGCCUACAGGAUCGCACCUACACUGCAGGAGGCCCGUGUGAACCUCAUCGACCUCGUUUGUAACUCCACCCAGUGGUACAAUGGGUGCAUUUGUUCAACCAAUGUGUGUGCAGGGUACCCUGAAGGCAAGAUCGACACCUGCCAGCAGCGGGCCUCUCAUGUGCAGAGACAACAUGGCAAACACCUAUGUGGUCGUGGGAGUCACAAGCUGGGGGUGGCUGUGCCUGAACUAAGCGCCCCGGAGUCUCCUGCCCAUCAGUAUCUGCUCCGGGACCUGUAA